GUCAAAAUGGCUGCACUUUAUUAUUAUCAUCCUCCCAUGUUUAAAUAUUCAGCGGCUUUUUCAUCCAUAUAGUAGAUAUUUCUGUAGAAAUAUAUACUUAGUAAACUAUCACUGUAUUUAUUGUAGCCUGCUGAGGUGUUUUAAAAACCUGCUUGAAGGACCGGUGCUGAAGUUGAUGUGUGGCUAUCCACCUGCUGUUUAACCUAUUAACUAUGCCAGUCGUCCUACAAUAGCCGUUGCAAAUGAAAAUGGAUGAUAUGUCACUGUCAGGCCUGGAUAACACCAAGCUAGAGGCCUUGGCUCAUGACAUCUACUCAGACUUGGUGGAAGAUGCAUGUUUGGGGCUUUGCUUCGAAGUGCACCGAGCCGUCAAGCAAGGCUACUUUUUCCUGGAUGAAACAGACCAAGAAAGCAUGAAGGAUUUUGAAAUCGUGGACCAGCCAGGAGUAGACAUAUUCGGGCAAGUGUACAACCAGUGGAAGAAUAAGGAGUGUGUGUGUCCCAACUGUAACAGGAGCAUAGCAGCCUCGCGAUUCGCCCCUCACCUGGAGAAAUGCUUGGGAAUGGGGCGCAACAGCAGCCGCAUCGCCAACCGCAGGAUAGCCAACAGCAACAACACCAGCAAGUCAGAAAGUGACCAAGAGGACAAUGAUGACGUCAAUGACAACGACUGGUCAUAUGGUUCAGAAAAGAAACCAAAGAAGAGGAAGUCAGACAAGAAUCCAAAUUCCCCCAGAAGGUCCAAGUCUCUGAAGCAUAAAAAUGGAGAACUCAGCGGUACCGUAAAUCCUGACCAUUACAAGUACAACUUCAAUUCUGGGAUCAGUUAUGAGACUUUGGGGCCAGAAGAUCUCAGAUUUCUUCUGACUACGCAAUGUGGGGUGGUAUCAGAGCACACGAAAAAGAUGUGCACACGGUCCCAGCGCUGUCCCCAGCACACGGACGAGCAGAGGAGGGCAGUCAGAGUUUUCCUCCUGGGGCCGUCCGCGUCCACACUGCCAGACCCUGAGUCGGUGCUGGAAAAUGAUGGGUAUGACACUCCUGAUGGACAGCUCAUCAUGUCCCGCCUCCAAUGGGAUGGCUCAUCUGACAUUUCACCUUCAGACUCUGCCUCCUCCAAAGCCAGUACCAAUAACUCAGAUUCUAAAAGACCUAAGAAAAAGAAGAAGCCUAGCUCUCUACUCGUGAGUAGUGCUGGAGUGUGUGAGAGGGAAAAAGGAGGAGAACGAGAGAGAGGAGGAGGAACAGCAGGAGGUGGAGGAGGGAACAGCAGCAGCAGUGUGAUUGGAAUGGGUGGAGCGGGCACAAGCAGUAGUGGCAACUCCCAGAGUGCACUUGCCUUGUCAAAUCGGAAGAAGAGACCAAGACCCCCACCUCCACCAGCCCCAAAUAUUUACGAUGACCUGAACUAAAAGAAAACACAAAAAAAAACUUUACCAUGAUCAUUAUACUGAUUUUUAUUUUAUUAUAACUUAUUUCAGAGCAGGAUGUUUUUUUUUUGUCAACUUUGGGUUUAAGCUGAAUUGUGAUUGGUAUAAAUUUGCUAUAGCAUCAUCUAUACAUCAUCUACAUCUAUAAUACUGUGAUGUGUGUGUGUAGUAGAUGCUUUUGAAUAAUGGUUAUGUUUCAAAACACAAACAAUGAUUUUGCCGCAUCGAGGUUUCAGAACAGUUACUGCUUCCUGCUAAAUAAUGCUCUUUUGAUAAUCACUGUUGAAGCUUCGGGCCAAAUUAUGCUAUUUCAAUCAACACACUUAUUUUCCACUGCCUCCUGGUAAAAUAUUUUUCAGUACAUGUUGCACUAUUUAUUUACAGUGUAUAAUUUAGUCUGUCAUUGUUCCUUGUGUGGUCUACAUGUGCGCUUCUGUCUCUGCAUGUUGUGUUUUUUUGGAUCUUGAGAGCACUUGUUACGUCCUGAUUUAUUUUACACUGAACUGAACUGCUAAGAAAUAAGCACUUAUUCUCGAGUAACGAAAGAUGCACUUAUCUUAUUUACUGUUAAAUACAGUAAAUAAGGACUUAUUGCUUUUUAAAGUGGAUUUAUUUUGUCAUCUUUUAUUUUUGUAAUUUGUGCAGAUUUAAAGCCUUUGCAAAAUGUUUCUGUGUCGGAGGGAAAAAAGAUGCCACUAUUACUAUUACUGUACAUAGGAAGUUGUGCUGUGUGUAUAGAUAUGUUGUAAUUUUAGUGCUGGCAUCAGCACUCUUUGCUGAACAUCAUGUGGUAUUGUGAUUAAAGCCUGGUGUGUCUCAGGACCACUUCUCACCUAGAA